AUGGGUGAACGUAAAGGUCAAAAUAAAUAUUAUCCACCAGAUUUCGACUGGCGUAAACAUAGUUCACUUAAUCAAUAUCAAGGAACUCAUGCAUUACGAGAGCGUGCAAGAAAAUUGCAUAUGGGUAUUCUUAUCAUACGAUUUGAAAUGCCCUACAAUAUUUGGUGCAAUGGUUGUGGUAAUCAUAUUGGAAUGGGUGUACGUUAUAAUGCCGAAAAGACAAAAAUUGGAAAUUAUUAUACAACACCAUUAUGGCAAUUUCGUAUGAAAUGUCAUUUAUGUGAUAAUCAUUUUGAAAUAAAAACAGAUCCAAAAGCACGUGAUUAUAUCAUUGUCAGCGGUGCUAGACGUGAAGAACAACGGUGGGAUGCUUCACAGAAUGGACAAAUCGUUGUGGAAUCUGAAAUGAAAAAAUUGGCAACGGAUGCAAUGUUUAAAUUGGAACAUGACAAUAAAGAUCAAACAAAGACAGCUAAAACUGCGCCAGAUAUCAAUGCAUUAGAAGAACAUCAGUUAGUAUGGAAAGAUGAUUAUGCUAUUAAUUAUGUAUUAAGAAAAGAACUUAGAGCAACCAAAAAGCAUGCAAAAUUACAGAAAGAAAAAGAUGAUAUAUUAUUGAAAAAAGCAUCAUUAAGCAUUCCAUUAGUUCCAGCUAGUAGAGAAGAUGACCGUUUAAGUCAACUAUAUAAAUUAGCACCAGUGAAGACUGCUGAAGAAAGUGAAAUUGAACGACGUACUAAAAUUGAAAAUCAACAAAUAUUGAAAGGAACAUCGACGUGUAAUACAGAAAUCACCUGGGAACCUUCAACAUUCACAAAUAAUAAAAAAAAUUUGUCAAGUAGAUUUGGAAUUAUACGUAAUUGUGAUAAUAAAGCAAAACAAUUACCAUUAUCGCCAGAGAAUACUAAUAAUAAUAGUAAUGACACAAUAUCCGCUAAAGAAAGAACUCACGUGUCACUUGUAUCUGGUGAUUACAAUGAAGCUGAUGAUGAUUCAUCUUGA